UGUGCCGGGCGUCCCGGUCCUCUUGGCCAUCGCCGGCUGUCCCUUCUUCUCUCCUGAAACAGCGUCGGAGGGAAGAGAAAAAACGACAAGAUUUGCCAGCAGGGAGGUUGAGUUGACAUUGUUUUAAAGACUAUAUUUUCAUCAUGAAUGCUAAUAAAGAGGAGAAGCCAAGGUUCAGAAGUCAAGAUCUUCACCUUCUUCAUACUUGGAUGAUGUUAAUCAUGACUGUGCUCUUUCUUCCCAUCACUGAAACAUCUAAACAGAAUAUUCCUCGUCUGAAACUAACUUACAAAGACUUGCUGCUCUCAAACAGCUGUAUUCCCUUUUUGGGUUCUUCGGAAGGACUGGAUUUCCAGACGCUCCUUGUAGAUGAGGAGAGAGGCAGGCUGCUCCUAGGGGUCAAGGACCAUGUCUUCCUGCUCAAUCUGGUCGACUUAAACAAAAACUUUAAGAAGAUUUAUUGGCCUGCUGCAAAAGAACGGGUGGAAUUAUGUAAAUUAGCUGGAAAAGAUCCAAAUACAGAAUGUGCGAAUUUCAUCCGAGUACUUCAACCUUAUAAUAAGACUCACAUUUAUGUGUGUGGAACUGGAGCAUUUCAUCCACUAUGUGGAUAUAUUGAUCUUGGACUCAACAAGGAGGAACUCAUAUUUAAACUAGACAUGCACAGCUUGGAGUCUGGCAGACUGAAAUGUCCCUUUGAUCCUCAGCAGCCUUUUGCUUCAGUAAUGACAGACGAGUACCUCUACUCUGGAACAGCGUCUGAUUUCCUUGGCAAGGACACUGCAUUCACGAGGUCCCUUGGGCUGACCCAGGACCACCAUUACAUCAGAACUGACAUUUCAGAACACUACUGGCUCAAUGGAGCAAAGUUUAUUGGAACAUUCCCCAUUCCAGACACCUAUAAUCCAGAUGAUGAUAAAAUAUAUUUCUUCUUUCGGGAAUCAUCCCAGGAAGGCAGUACAUCUGACAGAAGCAUUCUUUCAAGAGUUGGGAGAGUUUGUAAGAAUGAUGUAGGUGGGCAACGAAGUCUGAUAAACAAAUGGACAACUUUUCUUAAGGCGAGACUGAUUUGCUCCAUUCCUGGAAGCGAUGGGGCUUAUACUCAUUUUGAUGAACUACAAGACAUUUAUUUACUUCCUACGAGAGAUGAAAGAAAUCCUGUAGUAUAUGGAGUCUUUACCACAACCAGCUCCAUCUUCAAGGGCUCUGCUGUGUGUGUGUAUAGUAUGGCUGACAUCAGAGCUGUUUUUAAUGGCCCCUAUGCUCAUAAGGAAAGUGCAGACCAUCGCUGGGUCCAGUAUGAGGGAAGGAUACCUUAUCCCCGACCAGGAACGUGUCCAAGCAAAACCUAUGAUCCACUGAUUAAAUCCACCCGAGACUUCCCUGACGAUGUCGUAAGCUUCAUAAGGCGCCACCCGGUGAUGUAUAAGUCGGUGUACCCAGUGGCAGGAGCACCUACCUUCAAGAGAAUCAAUGUGGACUACAGACUGACCCAGAUAGUGGUGGAUCACGUUGUUGCUGAAGACGGACAGUAUGAUGUCAUGUUUCUCGGAACAGACAUUGGAACAGUCCUCAAAGUUGUCAGCAUUUCCAAGGAGAAGUGGAACAUGGAAGAGGUAGUCCUGGAGGAGCUUCAGGUGUUCAAGCACCCAACAGCCAUCUUGAACAUGGAAUUGUCUCUGAAGCAGCAACAGUUGUACGUUGGUUCCUGGGAUGGAUUGGUUCAGCUCUCCUUGCACAGAUGUGACAUUUAUGGGAAAGCCUGCGCAGAUUGCUGUCUUGCCAGAGACCCCUACUGUGCUUGGGAUGGAAAUGCUUGCUCAAGAUACGCACCCACUUCCAAAAGGCGAGCUAGACGUCAGGAUGUAAAAUAUGGGGACCCAAUCACUCAGUGCUGGGACAUAGAAGACAGCAUUAGUCAUGAAACAGCUGAUGAAAAGGUGAUUUUUGGAAUUGAAUUUAAUUCAACCUUUCUGGAAUGUAUACCAAAAUCUCAGCAAGCCUCUGUUAAGUGGUACAUCCAGAGGUCAGGAGAGGAGCAUCGUGAGGAGUUGAAACCCGAUGAAAGGAUCAUCAAAACGGACUAUGGGCUACUGAUCCGAAGCCUGCAGAAGAAGGACUCUGGGAUGUAUUACUGCAAAGCACAAGAACACACUUUUGUCCACACCGUAGUGAAGCUGACUUUAAAUGUCAUUGAGAACGAACAGAUGGAAAAUACCCAGAGGGCAGAACACCAAGAGGGGCAGGUCAAGGAUCUAUUGGCUGAGUCACGGUUGAGAUACAAAGACUACAUCCAAAUCCUUAGCAGCCCAAACUUCAGCCUGGACCAGUACUGCGAACAGAUGUGGUAUAGGGAGAAGCGGAGACAACGCAACAAGGGCGGCCCGAAAUGGAAGCACAUGCAGGAAAUAAAGAAGAAACGAAACCGAAGACAUCACAGAGACCUGGCAGAGCUCCACAGAGCCGUAGCUACAUAGUUCUCUAUUUAAUUUAAAGAGAAAAUUAUUUUCCGGACUGAAAAAUACUGUCUUCUGUUUUGUACAUCCCUCAUUGCCAACCCAUGCAUGCCUUCCAUGGAGUUUCAUCUUAAUGAGACUCUGUGGUAGAUAGGAAUUCAUCUGGACUAGAUUUCUGAGAACAAAACUUUUAUCAGCAAAGUCAAGUAUUGUCCUCAAAAUUAGAGCCUUAAUUUGUAAAUGUUUUAUAUUUGAAUUUUAAGUCAUAUAUAGAAGUAAGCUAACUGAACAUCAUCCGGUCCAAUGGAAGGUGCUUUAUUCCUAAGCAUCCUCAUUAAACAUGGAGUUUAUAGUGCGGUUGGCUAUGUUUUGAUGAGCAGCUAAAUCAUUCCAUUCUAGAACGGGUGAUCUUGUAGGAAUUGGAAGAGAGGCACGAAUUAAAACAUCUUAUGCUAGUGACAAGGAACCAUCAGUCCACACUUGGAGUCAGGUAUGAGAACUUAGAAAAGUAUGUCCCUUCUUUCAGGCCACGGGCUACAUCUUGUGCACUGCGAUAAUGAUUAUAAGAAAGGGUAUUAAUGAUCCAAACAAGAGUCCUUGUGAUUGGUCAAGAGAAACAGGUUCACAGACAGAACCUAAUGGUUAAUGUUGUGUUCUAGAAUGCAGAAUGCACAAUUUCCAUUUUAAUAACAUGGAGAAAUAUUUUAUAUAUAGUAAGCGUGGCGUGAUGUGUGCACUCUAUCACAGAAGGGACUUAUUAGGCAGACAGUAAGAUAGCCAUAAAUGCUGGCUUUGGGGAAAACUUAUAUUACACAAAAAGGCAGGAAGCCAAAAACAAACUAGAUAGAAUGUAACGGAACUCUUUCCACUGGAGCAUAGCUAUCUCCCAACUUGUAAUGUGUCCAUUAAAAAAAGAGUCUAGAUUAUAACAAACUGUAAGCAAAACCUCAAGUGAAAGUAAAAAUUGUAAAGAAUUAUGGGAUGACACUAUUUUAUUUAUAAUCAAUGUAUUUCUGUGUUCUCUUUUUUCUACGUAUUUAUCAUAUGCUGUAUAUUGUUUGCAUUUAUAUCGUUAUUUGGUCGUAGUUGAGUAAACAGGAGUAAACAAUAUGUAAUACAUGCAGAGAUAAUUAAGUAGAUGACCAACAGGGGGAGUGGGACUAUAUAUUUGUUGAAUGAAUAGAUAAGUGCAGAAUUUUGAUGACGGGAAGGGUUAACUUAACUCUUUGACAUCCUUUUCUUGACACAAAUUUUCUGAAUUUCUGGGGUGAUACAUCAGAGUUCAAGCAGCGUUGUUUUAGCAGUUUUACCACAAAGCAAAUGUAAAGAAAAUGAACAGCAUUAAUGUGACUACCACUUGUAUUUUGUUAGCACGUUUCAAAUUCAAUGUUCCCUCGGAACAUUGCUUCCCGGCCAGUCUCUGCAGAACUCACCUUUCCUUCCUCGAGCACAAAGACCGUAGCCUUCCUCUGUUUGGCCUUUUCACACUCCUUAUAGUGUGAAAUGAACAAUUAGUCACUUCCUCAGAAAGAAUGUGGCUUUUUAGAACACCAACAGGCCUUACUUGUUUCUCAUGCAUUCUACACGCUCUGAAAGAAGUCUGUGAGAAGCCUGUGUGAUUAAAGACCAGUGUUAGGGAGUCAAUCUCUUUGUCCAAUGCAGAAUCAGGAUCUUCUAUUCAUUUAAUCUGCAUUGGGCUCCCAUCUCAAAGGCUUCCCAGUCAGCUGUGAGGGACUGGUAUAAUAACGAAUAUCUGUAGACGUUUUACUCUAAGGAUGAGGAAAAGUGAAGGAGCUGUCUUAAUAAGUGAACCAGGAUGAAUUACAUCUCCAGAAGAAAUACAUACAAAUUCUUGUGCCAUGGUUAGACUAGUAAUCAAAUACCACACAAGGGAGUUUAUUUAUUAAUUUACUGUGAAUCCUACAAACUGAUGGCAAACUCAAAGCAAGUCCGAGGGGUCGUGCUUCAUUUAAAAAUUACUUUCAGAUUGUUGUGUAUCAGAAAGUAAUUCUCAAAUAUGGACGGGGUUAAGAAUUAUACAAGGUUCUAAUAUUUGUACUGACCUCUGAAAAUUAAUUUUAUCUAGAUAAGAAUAUCGAAACCAUUUGCUAAUUACUUAGCUCAAAUGUAAUUGUUUCCUAUCAACAUUCUGUAAAUCUAUUUUAUACCCUUGGUUUAAAAUAAAAUUUUUGCUGCUUUGAAUA